AUGGGUUGGGUUGAUGAGUUGAAGGGAGAGAUCACCAUCGGACCAGCCACCGUCGUACAUCCCAAAUUCACCAUCUUCACAAUCGCUGGUCCCACUGUAAUUGGUUCGGGUUUUGCAUCAGGUGAGGCAACGUUCAAGUUGGUGACGAAACUUUGUAUGAGAUUGAUUGCCGUCAGCCAUGUUCACUGA